AUGAAGUUCAGAGCCGCGGGAGCAGGGAGUGACGGGGUUCGAAUAACCAUGGAGAGCGCCCUGACGGCCCGCGACCGCGUGGGAGUGCAGGACUUCGUCCUGCUGGAGAACUUCACCAGUGAAGCAGCUUUCAUUGAAAACCUGCGCAAGCGGUUCAAGGAGAACCUCAUCUACACAUACAUUGGCUCAGUUCUGGUGUCUGUCAAUCCAUACAAGGACUUGGAAAUCUACAGCAAGCAGCACAUGGAGCGGUACCGCGGUGUCAGCUUCUAUGAAGUUUCUCCUCACCUUUAUGCCAUCGCGGACAACUCGUAUCGCUCGCUGCGUAUGGAGAGGAAGGACCAGUGCAUCCUGAUAUCCGGGGAGAGCGGAGCUGGCAAGACCGAGGCCACCAAGAAGAUCCUGCAGUAUUAUGCCGUGACCUGCCCGGCCAGCGAGCAGGUGGAGACGGUGAAGGAUCGUCUGCUGCAAUCCAACCCCGUGCUCGAGGCCUUUGGAAAUGCAAAAACCCUUCGGAAUGAUAACUCCAGCCGAUUUGGAAAAUACAUGGACGUGCAGUUUGAUUACAGGGGGGCACCUGUUGGGGGCCACAUCUUGAACUACCUCCUGGAAAAGUCUCGCGUUGUGCACCAGAACCACGGAGAGAGGAAUUUCCACAUUUUCUACCAGCUGCUAGAAGGAGGGGAGGAGGACUUGCUGCGAAGGCUGGGCCUCGAAAAGAACCCCCAGCAGUACCACUACCUAGUAAAGGGUCAGUGUGCAAGGGUCAGUUCCAUAAGUGAUAAAAAUGAUUGGAAGAUUGUGCGAAGGGCUUUGACCAUUAUCAGCUUCAAUGACAAUGAGGUGGAGGAUUUGCUGAGCAUUGUGGCUAGUGUUCUGCAUCUGGGGAAUGUGCAGUUUGCUGCUGAUGAGCAAGGAAAUGCUCAGGUCACUACAGAGAAUCAGAUUAAAUAUCUGGCUAGGCUUCUAGCAGUUGAGGGCUCUGUCCUUCGAGACUCAUUGAUCCACAAGAAGAUCAUAGCAAAAGGAGAGGAGUUAAUCAGUCCUCUGAACCUGGAGCAGGCAGCCUAUGCCAGGGAUGCUCUUGCUAAGGCAAUAUAUGGACGCACUUUCUCCUGGCUUGUGAACAAGGUUAACAAAUCUCUUGCUUAUAAGGAGGGAGAAUUUCCAGGCUGGAGAAGUACCACAGUUCUAGGGUUGCUUGAUAUCUAUGGAUUUGAAGUUUUCCAGCACAACAGCUUUGAGCAAUUUUGUAUUAAUUAUUGUAAUGAAAAAUUGCAACAGCUCUUCAUAGAGCUCACUUUAAAGUCAGAACAAGAGGAAUACGAGUCAGAGGGCAUAGCGUGGGAACCAGUUCAGUACUUCAACAACAAAAUCAUUUGCGAUUUGGUGGAAGAGAAAUUCAAAGGCAUCAUUUCAAUUUUGGAUGAAGAGUGCCUGAGACCUGGGGAUGCCACAGAUAUGACAUUCUUGGAGAAGCUUGAGGAAACCGUGAAGAAUCAUCCUCAUUUUCUCACGCACAAGCUCGCAGACCAGAAGACCCGCAAGUCCCUGGGCAGGGAGGAAUUCCGGCUCCUGCACUACGCCGGCGAGGUCACCUACAGCGUCGCAGGUUUUCUAGAUAAAAACAACGACCUUCUCUUUCGGAACCUGAAGGAGACCAUGUGCAACUCCGAGAAUCCCAUCAUAAAUCAGUGCUUUGACAGGACAGAGCUGACGGACAAGAAGAGACCUGAAACGGCAGCAACUCAGUUUAAAAACAGCCUCUCCAAGCUCAUGGAAAUCCUGAUGUCCAAAGAACCCUCGUACAUUCGUUGCAUGAAACCUAACGACUCCAAACAGGCUGAUCGAUUUGAUGAAGUUUUAAUCCGACAUCAGGUGAAAUACCUGGGCUUGAUGGAAAACCUGCGAGUGCGCAGAGCUGGGUUCGCCUACCGGAGGAAGUACGAGGUUUUCCUGCAGAGGUACAAAUCACUCUGUCCAGAAACGUGGCCCACCUGGGAUGGGCGGCCCCACGACGGCGUGGCUGUGCUGGUGAAACACCUUGGCUACAAACCAGAAGAGUACAAAAUGGGACGAACAAAGAUUUUUAUCCGUUUUCCCAAGACUUUGUUUGCAACGGAAGAUGCUCUGGAAGUAAGGAAGCAAAGUCUUGCAACAAAAAUGCAGGCCACGUGGAGAGGUUUUUAUCGACGGAAAAAAUUCUUGCACAUGAAACACUCAGCAAUAGCCAUCCAGGCCUGGUGGCGGGGAACCUUGGGACGCCGAAAAGCUGCCAAAAAGAAGUGGGCAGCAGAGACGAUUAGAAGGUUCAUUAAAGGUUUUAUUUACCGGAACUACCCUCGCUGCCCCGAGAAUGAGUAUUUCCUGGAUUAUAUCCGCUUUUCCUUCCUGAUGAACCUUAAGCGUAAUUUGCCAAAGACUGUUCUGGACAAAUCUUGGCCAACUCCUCCUCCGUCGCUCUGUGAGGCCUCGCAGCUGCUGCGGCAGCUCUGCAUGCAGAACAUGGUGUGGAGCUACUGCAAGAGAAUCAGCCCCGAGUGGAAGCAGCAGCUGGAACAAAAAGUGAUCGCCAGUGAGAUUUUUAAGGGUAAAAAAGACAAUUAUCCUCAGAGUGUUCCUAGGCUCUUCAUCAACACUCGGCUUGGAACUGAGGAGAUAAAUGCUAAAGUCCUUCAGGCUUUAGAAAAUGAAGCAAUUAAGUACGCGGUGCCUGUAACCAAGUAUGACCGGAAAGGGUACAAAGCGAGAGCGCGGCAGCUGCUGCUCACCCAGAGCGCGGUCGUCAUCGUUGAAGACUCCAAGAUCAAGCAGCGGAUCGACUACGCCAAUCUGACAGGCAUCUCUGUGAGCAGCCUGAGCGAUAACUUGUUCGUGCUGCACGUGCACUGCGAGGACAACAAACAGAAGGGGGACGUUGUGCUUCAGAGCGACCACGUCAUUGAGACGCUAACGAAAACAGCCAUGCGGGCGGACAAAGUCAAUAACGUCAACAUCAACCAGGGCAGCAUAAAAUUUACAGUGGGGCAAGGCAAAGAAGGCAUCAUUGACUUUAUAUCGGGCUCAGAACUGCUUAUAGCCAAAGCCAAGAACGGCCAUCUAACUGUGGUUGCUCCUCGUUUGAAUUCUCGAUGAUGAAACGUCCCACCAGAACACGACCCUUUCUUCCAUCAAUCAGCCCGACUGCCCCCUCGACAAUUGGCUGGACAACGCUCCCAGCAAAAUCCCCUUUCCUUCCUCUCUUUGCUCAUUUUAUUGUUACCAAAGACCUGCACUUUCAGAAAAACAAAAUACAACUUGCUUUCUUGUCUUAAUAUGAAAGUUCCGAAAGAAAGGCCUUCUCUUCCUUACCUUAGUGGCAAACGCACGGGUCCAAGGCACUGUCUGUGAAACUGCGGCUCACGACACUUGUGUAUUGAGCUGGGCUUUGAGGGCGGGAGCUCUGACUCCAGGAGAGUUUAAGCUCUGAUGGAAACGACCAAAAUUUGUGCUUCUAUCAUCAAUCAAAAAAAAGCACAAUCGCAGGAAACGAGCACUGCUGCCGCUGUCAGCCAAAUCAAUGAGAUGCCAAACUUUAUAUUUAGAAAGAAUGUUUUAUGAAGAAUUUUGCUCUGAGACUUUUUGAUGCUUUGUGUUACAAUAUUAAAGCCAUAUUGUGUAAAUGAGUAAAACCCUGUAAAUACUUUAUAGCUAAGUAUGAGAGAUGCACUACAAGAAAUGGAGUAGAUGUGGAAACUUUGUUUUGGAUUUGAAUUUUAUGUUGUUUUUAGUUGAUGACUAGAAGGUGUUAAACUGAGAAUCCCCCUUCGGUAACUGCUUUCUUAAUCUCAAUCCAGGGUUGCUUCUUUUUAAGGCACCUCUCCCAUUUCUUGCUCUAUGGUAUUUUUAUACUGCAGUAACUUUUUCAUAUCUACACAUCCGAACAACAGCACGUGCAAACUACAGGAGGUCACCAUUCCUCUCUGCCCCCUAGGCUGGACCUGAAGCCUGUAGUCCUUGGGCACAGCAUGUGCACAGCAGCAUCUCUGCCACCUUGUACCUGUCUGGAAGGGGCCCUGGCCCUUCCCCUGCACAGCUCCUCAGCCUCAGAGCAGCACCUCCACAGUGAAGGCUUCUCCUCCUCUUUAUGUUUUCAGGGAUAACUGGAAGUUUGAGCUCUCACAAUAAAGCUCCACCAUGUUUAGAUAACCUCUCCAUACUGCCUUAAAGGGGCAAGAGGGCUAGUGCAGCACUGCUGGCCUUGCCCCCCAAAUAGCUCCUGGCUCCUCUGCAUCUUCCCCAGGAAGCUCUAGCUCUGUCACGUCACCGGUUAUAACUAAGUGCUAGAAGGACGCAGGCUUCCAACCACAGCCGCUCUCAAGCCGCGGCAGAGGAGGUUGAGUAUCAAGCACUUUCAUUCAAGAACAAACCCAAACGGCUCCAGGGCAGAGCGCUAAGUGUCAAACACUGCAGUCUGGCCAGGGCUUUCCAUCAUCUACUUGCCUUGCAGUCCUUUGUGGUUCCCCCCUCUACCCCCCAUGCAGUAGCUACAGGCUACACUAGGCCCCCCCCCACACACAGCCAAACAUGUUGCCAGUGACACACAACAGGCAGAGGCUCCUGCUUUCUGCCAUCAGGCAGUAUCAAACACUGCAGCAGGCCUGGAAUGCUCUAUACACUGUA